GAAGGAAUCAAACCCCCAAGAUGGCGGCGGCGUCGGAGGAGCGGAUGGCUGAGGAAGGAGGCGGUGGCCACGGCGACAGCGGCUCCUCUUCGGCCAUCGGCUCUACCCAGCGACUGCCCCCACCGCCCCCGCCCCAGACCUCGCAGCCGGGGUCCCAGGCGCCCCCAGCCCCAACGCUGGCUCCGGACCAGCUGCCUCAAAACAACACGCUGGUGGCGCUGCCCAUCGUAGCCAUCGAGAACAUCCUCAGCUUUAUGUCCUACGACGAAAUUAGCCAGCUCCGCCUGGUUUGUAAAAGAAUGGACUUGGUCUGCCAGAGAAUGUUGAAUCAGGGAUUUCUAAAAGUGGAGAGGUACCAUAAUUUAUGUCAGAAACAAGUUAAAGCACAACUCCCAAGGAGAGAGUCAGAAAGGAGAAACCAUUCAUUAGCUCGUCAUGCAGACAUCCUUGCUGCUGUUGAAACAAGACUUUCAUUAUUAAAUAUGACUUUCAUGAAGUAUGUGGAUUCCAAUCUCUGUUGCUUCAUCCCAGGAAAGGUCAUUGAUGAGAUUUAUCGUGUAUUGAGAUAUGUCAAUUCUACCAGAGCCCCUCAGCGAGCUCAUGAAGUACUUCAAGAGUUAAGGGACAUUUCCUCCAUGGCAAUGGAAUACUUUGAUGAAAAGAUUGUUCCAAUUCUAAAGAGGAAAUUGCCAGGAUCAGAUGUGUCUGGAAGACUCAUGGGCUCCCCUCCAGUUCCAGGACCUUCUGCGGCCCUAACAACAAUGCAGCUCUUCUCCAAGCAAAACCCUUCACGACAAGAGGUUACCAAACUCCAGCAGCAGGUUAAGACCAAUGGUGCUGGUGUGACUGUUCUCAGGCGUGAAAUUUCUGAGCUUCGCACCAAAGUGCAAGAACAGCAGAAACAGCUUCAAGAUCAGGACCAGAAACUGCUAGAGCAGACCCAGAUCAUAGGGGAACAGAAUGCACGCUUGGCAGAGCUGGAACGCAAACUACGAGAAGUCAUGGAAAGCGCAGUAGGAAACCCCUCAGGGUCUGGGCAGAAUGAAGAGUCUCCUCGGAAACGGAAAAAGGCAGCAGAAGCCAUAGACUCUCUUAGGAAAUCUAAACGUCUCCGGAAUAGAAAGUAAACUGGAAAGUGCUUCUAGCUCCAUGGGAAGACCUGGCUUAGUAGCUUGAGCAGUUACGCAUAUCAGGAUACUGUGAGCAAUGCGGUGUCCCUUAGGCUUCUAGGCUUUCAGAACACAACUGAAACUUGAACUCUCACGGUUGGGACAUUCUUUUCCCGCUUCUGGUUGAACUGAUGCACAGAAUGUUUUUACUUUGCAAUAGAUUUGUACUAACCAGACCUGUUGUUCUAUUAUGUUUUGAGGAGUUAACUUUUUUUCUGUGCAGAUAAUGUUUAAAGUAAGUUUAUUUGUUUCUGCAUUUAUGCACAUUACAUAAGGAUCUUAAACCAGUCUCGACAGACUAGAAGUCAAGUUUAAUACAGAAAAUGUCCUGUUCACUUGAAAGAAAAGACCUACUUUUUAAAUGGACAGUAUCUUGUUUCAAAAAAAAAGUUGACUUUUUGUUCUAAGUGACCUUUGUCUGGAACGUCUGAGAAGUAGUAAAUGCUUUUUGGUAUUGAAGUAAUGGGUAACGAAAACGGACUUCCAUAGUACUGACUGUAGAAGGGGCCUCUACAGUGUUGACUAUAUAUUUUUAUAAACUACUGGCAAGGGAUUUCUCCAGUUGUUAUUAUAUCAUGUUUCAGUUCUCCUUUGGGGCCAUGUCCUACAUUUGCAUGGAUGGAUGCAUGCAUUGCCUAGGCAACUCACUUAAAAAGCUCUUGCACUGGUGUUGAUCUUGAACCUCUAUACUACUCCACUUUUUAGAGCAGCGUCAUAGUUUAUUUAAGCACCUAACAUCUUCCACCACAACAGCUAGCCUCUAGGGUGGAUUUAUGAGUCCAUUUGUCCUCCAGUUUUACAGGAACAAGAGAAUGUUAAAGCCCUUUAUCUAUUCUCUGCAGGGUUCAGGUACGCUGGCUAAGGCAGAACCCCAAAUCCCAAGGCUCUUUCUAUCCACGUCGGACCUCUGGUUACUAGUUCAGUUCCUUGCUCACCACUGUGUGUGCUCAUUGAUCAAAUGUGAUUAUCAGUGGUGUGAGUAGGGGACCCAACCUGUAGGAUGCAGUUUUUCCUUUGAAAGAAAGUUCACUGAAGAAAAUUUAUACCAUGAAAAAGCAUUUCGAUCAUUUCAUUUCUGGGGGGUGACCUGAGGGAAGCUUUUUAAUAUUAAUCUCAAGCUUUCCAGAUCCUACAAUUUUAAACAAAAGCUUUAAUUUUGUUUGCACUCCUGUUUUGAGCUUGUAACUGGAAAAGCAUGUCUUGCACUGUUCAACCUUCUAAGUGGUCACUUUAACAACCUCCAAAUUAUGUACAGUGGUUAUUUUCCCCAGUUGUAUAUUUUUGAGACAUUCGGCUAUUACUGUUCUAGUUUUAUUUUAAUGUACUAAAUUAUGUUAUUAUUAUUUGACUGUUAAAUUCUUUUAAACAACUGUUGCCUUGGGCUUCAGUUAUUUAAAAUAAAUUUAGGUGUGAUAUAGAAAACUGUCCCUUUCCAGGUGGGAGUUUGAUACCUGUAUAAAACAUAAGGUUUUGGUAAGUAUCUUAGUUGAAUAAAAGCACAAGGUUACCACCUUUUUUAUCCAUCCAACAUAACAUGCUUCUGCAUCCUUUAGAUCAACCUCACCAAAUGAAACUUUUCCUUACCCAUUUUUAAUAUUGUCCUUACAUAAUAUUGUCCUUAGAUUUUGAUCAAUUCUAUGUCUAACUUUGAAACUCCAUUUACAAUGUAGUAUGUUUUCAAUGAAAAACCAUAAAAUAACAUCCAAGUGUUUCAUGGUUUGUUGGGAAGGUAAUUUUAAAAUAAACAAUUUCCAAAAAAUAUUUGUCAGCCAAGGUCAUCCAUAAAAGUCCCUGUCUGGAACUCAUUUGCUCAGCAGGUCUCAUUUUUUGUAAUCAUAGGAUUUAGCCAUAUUGUCAUAACUUUGGAGGAGGCUUACUGCAGUACUCACGGCCUUUACUAGUCGGCUUUCCUGGUAAUAGGAAGACUUUUUAAAGUAACAAAGUACAUGUUUACAGGUUUACAAAGUAUGAUCCUUAUGCAUCAAAGGGAUAUAACCUCAGAUGAUUUCUUUAAUACUUGUUAAUGAAUAUAUACAGUUGCCUGGGUUUCUUUAUAAACUACAUCUAGAUACCCUAAAUGUACCUUUAGUCUUCCAUUAAUUAACAUGAGUAUCUGGCUUUCAUAAUAAGCAUUCACACCAUUAAAAGGUAGAUUUUGUUUCAAAAUCCAAAUUUCUCCAGUAUACACUUGUAAUCACCUGUCCAUAAGGUUGAUGAGUUGCACUUGUUAAUGCAUGAAUGUUCCAUAACAGUAGGAGAAUAAAGCACUACAGUUCUGUUGUUUUAAGUCUUAAAUCUUACUUAGGCUAUUUAGCUAAAAUACUGCCUUGACUGAUUUGAUAGCUGUUAUACUUGCUUUGGGAUAGCAUAACAGCAUUUAAGGUUCAAUAAAUCACAAAUUUUGAUCAGCUAAAACUGACAUAUGUUACAGGAAAAUUAUAAAUUAGCCUCCUAAGAGAACGGUCCUGCCCUGGAUCAUACGUCAGUAAUAUAAAGGCUAUAAUGUUAAUACUGUGUUGUUCUAGAACAGCAUUUCCAUAAAGUAUUCUUGUCAUCUUCCUUGGCUGUUUUACAGAGAUGUCUCUUAAUGGGUCAUUCUCACUUAUAAGUGGAUUAUGAUACAACACUACAGACAGAUACAAUGUGAAAAGGCAUAUAUAAGAAGACUGCCCACCCGCCCCCACCCUCACCCCCACCGGAUCCUCUGCUUAUCUCCUACAUGAACUUGGCUUGGUUUUCACAUAUUCUGAGAUAUGAAUUAUUUCAGAACAUGAGGUUAUAGAACCUGUUGUUUUUCAAGCUCCUUUUGAUGUAAAGAGCCUGGAAAUAAUGGGGCAAUCACAAAUGUAUUCAGAGUAAUUAUGAUAUUUUCAAAACUGCUGGGGUGCCAUGAGGUCUAAAGCCACUGGUUUGGGAAGUAACUUCUUUUUGUAAAACGUGUUUUUUGGAGUACUGAACUUUACAGGGGCUUGCCUUAAUCUCUAUUUAGUAGUUUCGAGAUGUAUGCGCUAUUACUCUACUUGUUAAAAUGUUGAAAUAUUCUAUGUAGCCCCAAAAGUGGGUAAAACAGAGUAUAAGUAAUGGCUAAAUAAAUAAGCUAAAAGGUGUCACUACAGCUGGAUUUUUGAGAGAAAAUGGACAUACGAACAUAGGCUAUGUGUAAUAAAAACAAUGGCACCUUAAGAUUGCACUAUUUUAUGCAUUAUUUUAUAUGCCAUUUCAUAGCCUGCACUUUAAUCUCCAAAGAAAUUAUGUAUGAUGUCCCAGUUGUUCCUUAUUAUUAAUAAACUUUUUCCUAAGACAGGGCACUUAAUCCUAUUUUACUAUACUGAGUUAGUUUCUUAGAGGUGGAUUCCUUUUUUGAGUUCUCUAUUUCCUUAGCCAUAAUACUUUCUAGGAUCUAGGAACUCCUUCUCUUGUCGAUUUCCAACAGUAUAUAAUUUUAAUUUAAUGUAAAGUCUCAUACUUGGUGAUCAGCACAUUCUUAUAUCCUGCUCUAGUGAUGAGUACUAAUUGGUUAAUAUUUAUCACGCCCCGCCCCCGACAAAUGUAUGCUGUAAGUAAGAUCUGAAGCUAGAAAUAAAAGGCAUUCCGAAUGGAAACAUCCCUGUAUGACACAGUCUCUUGGAAAUGGCUGUUUGUAACAUAAAAUCCAAUUCGAUAUGCCAUCCAAUCCUUUCACUUAGAAUCUAUUUAUACUCAUUUAACUAGUCCACAAAAGGUUAAUAAGUUAAAAUUACUUAAAAAUAACAAAGUUCUAUAUAGCCUGCCAUUCUGAGCUGAAUUAUUUUUUAAAAAUACCAAUCUGCAAAAUGAAACUAGCCAUUAGUUGGCUGCUGCCUACUAUGAUUUUUUAAUAGCAAUACAUGGUUAUGUUCAUGAUAAAUAUGACAGGUUUAAGUCAUGUUGGCCUUUGACAGCUUCCUAAGAGUCUUUGUUAAAUUGCUGCAAUCAAAAGGUAAAUCCAGAAUUUUCCUAUUAUGUCGGAAGAGAAUCAUGGGCUUUAGAAGCAUAUGGGUAAUCUGUUAGGUCCACCGCCAAAGUCUACUGGUCCAUAUUGCAAGCUAUACCAAAAGUGUAGACGUGUUUAAAAUUCCUUUAUGUACCAUGUCUGUUUACUUAUGCUCAUGAGCAACAAUAAAUCGCCAGUUUACCUUCUGGAA